ACAGACUCCGAGACUCAGGCCCGCCCGCCUGGCCCUGCUACCCAAUCACCACGCGCCUUCCCGACAAGUGCCGGCGAGACCCCGCGAGAUUCCCUCACCUCACACAACCCUCACCUCGAAUGGCCGCACCUUCUUCACCUUACUGGCCAAUCGCAUAGCGCCGUUUCUCCCAACUGACCAACCGGCUCUCCCCACAGCUAAAACCCACCCCCAAAAAGGUCACCGGGCCAAUAGAGCUUGAAGGCGGGAACUCAAGUUGACUGACAGCCCUUCUCACGAGUGACGGAUGCUGAUGGAGCCGUCGUUCUUCAAAUCGUAACGGGGAGAUUUCCCGUGACGGAUCAGGAAGCGGCUUGUGCCACCUUCCGCGGAGGCCAGACGACCAGUCAGAGGCAGGGAUGGCGCGAUGAGCAGGCGAAGCAGCCAAUCCGAGAGGAGGGAGGGCGGGGUGAGAACUGAUCUAAGCUGGAUAUCGAAGACCCUGAAAUGUCUUAUCGGCUAUUUGGAAGGGGGAACAAAAGAGUUCAGAUGGUUGACAAAGUUACAGGUAUAAGCAACUGAAAUCUUAACAUGACAAUGGCUCCAUUACCGGGGGCAGAAUUAGUCCAGAAGCCUUUGCAGUUAUACCGCUACCUGCUUCGAUGUUGUAAGCAGCUUCCUACAGAAAAUAUCCAACAGCAUUACAGACAUGCAAUCAGACAGAGUUUCCGAGUUCACGCAGAUGAAGACAGUCCUGAGAGAAUCCAGCAGAUUAUUAAGCGAGCCAUUGAAGAUGCUGACUGGGUCAUGAAUAAAUAUAAGAGACAGAAGUAGAAAGAAGGGGAUGAAGAGAAGAUGCGCAUCGGUACAGAUCCUCAGACAGAGUCCAGGCAAAUAAACCCAGUUGUUUGUAACCGUGCCAUGUUGUAAACUGUGCCUGCAGCUUCUCCUGGUGUAAAAUGGUCUGUCAUAAUACCUACCUCACUGGGUGUCAUAAGGGUUAAUUCAUCUUUCUGAAGCUCUCUGAGAUAAUUUUAUAGUAAAAAAUCCCUUGGCUAAUGUGUUAAACUUCCCCACUGUUUUUUGGCUGGGGGAGGAGGGAGAGGUGGUGGGAAGCAUAGAGGGAUUUCAGAUCCCAUGUUUUGGGUUGUUUCAUACUAUGAUGGAGACAGGAUAGGGGUCUCAGCAGCCAGCUCCUGCUAGUGGAUAUUAUUACAACAUCAGAGCCUAAGAUUAGAUCAAGAUCUAAAAUGCAUCAAAGUUUCGUAGGGUUGAGGUUUUUAUCUGCUGUCUAUUAAUAAUAGCCGGACCCAACCAAUCUAAUAUCUAUUUUGUUUAUUAAUAGUGGCAAUCCUGCACUGCUGUUAUAAUUCAGUGGCCUACCAGGAGGUGAAUAAAUUGGAUACCGGCAUUUGCUCCAGACUAAAGAAAUAGGGCGAUCUACUGACGACACCAAGGAAAUUCAAAGUCUAGCCCUUGACUAGUUCUAAUAACCUAGCUCAGUAUAUGCUGCCAAGAGUAUGUAUGUUUGCCCUCAGUUACACCCGCCAAUGGGGGAGGCUUACAUGCAUGUAACUGAUGGCAAAAUAAUUGGCCCGGGGUAUCUAAGAUUCUCUUCACCCACCCACCUCAAUGAAAGCAGACAGACGCUGCUUCUGCCAUGCAGACACAGGAAAACAAAGGAAGGAUGAAACUUCUCUGCCUUGUGGGUUUGUCAUACCCUGCUAGAUUAUGUGAACGUCAUUUUUUGAUGGUUGCUUUUAGUUAUUCUCAAUGUUUCUACAAAUUCCCUUUAAGUUUGACAACAGGAACCUGACUUUGCAUGGUCAGAACGGUUACACUGACACGUCUUGCCUAACUAGUACCUGGGUGUUGGGAGAGACAUUUAAGUUUUAUUUAAUACCUGAGGGGAAAAAUAAAACAAACACUGUAUGAACAAGAUGCAUCUGUAUCGGCCUUGCCUUUGUAUAUUUGCAGUAUAACAGCGGAAAGUAUUGUGUUUUGAAGUGUAAUAGAAAUGAAGUAAUUUCCUGAUAAUAAGCACACAUUAUGGCAUUGAAAAUCAUUGGCAUACAUGCUGCGUUAUGGACAAAAGAUCACCAGGCUCUUGCCUCAGACAAUUUAACACGUGACCGAGCAUAAAUAUAUAUGAUUUAAGAUGGAACUGACUGACAGACACCCACUGUAGGCCAUAGCAAACUCUUGGUAGACUGAUAGAUUUCAGUGCGGGUUGGAUUGGACACAUGGGCCCUGAUUCAGCAAAGCAUGUAAGUAUUUUAUUAACUUUAAGCUGAUUGAUCCAUGUUCAGCAAUGAACUGCAUAAAUUGUAGUGGAUGUAAGUACUGUACAUGGUCAGCUGCCUUGCUGGAUCAAGCCACCAGAGAGAUGAUGUGGGUGUUAAUCCUUUAGUCCUAAUCUCUCGUUUUGGGGAGAACACAGUCUGUUCAGUUAGGAGGUGUGUGUGUGUGCACCCGUGUGAGGCAGUGCUCAGUAAUACAACAUAGUAUAUUUCACAGUACAGCCAAUUUAUAAAGGCCUUUGCAGUUUAUUUAUUUUAACAUGCUGUAAGUAAGUGUUUCCUUACGAAAACAGCCUCCUACGUGUCUUAAAAAGCAGGCCUCCUCCUGCUGCCAUCAGAUAAACCUCCUAUGGAGGAAGCACAUGAGAAA